AUGAGCACUCACACGCAUACACAGAGAUCGACGGAGGCCCCAAUGGACUUCCAGUUUACGUCUCGACCCAGCACUAAUACGAAGCCAGUCUGGGCUAAUAAUGGCUCGAAUGCACCCCGAAAACGUCCAUUUGAUGACCUUCAACCCACGAGUCCGGCAAUUCCUCAGCCACCUCAAACUCCCAUAUUUGGAGAGAACCGCAACGUGCCAUUCAUUUUUCAGACUCCAGUACUGCAGACUCCUCCAGUCCACCCGUGGGUGCCUCCCGUGAAUUUCUCACCUCAGAAAGCGUUUCCUGUGCAAGAGCUGCGCGAUGUGGACAUGUCCGAGCUUAGUCCUCCUAAAUCCGAGGCUUCUGAGAAAGAAAACGGGAGAGUGGUUGCCACAGGGGCGCUCAGAAGGGUCUUCAACUCGAGGCAGAAGGCUCGUACAAAAAGCCAACACGUUGUAUCAUUACGUGACGACCUGGGGUACGGCAGCGAGGAAGAAAUUGAUGGCGAUAACACGUCAAACCACUACACACUCAACAUGCCGGCUAACCCAGCGCCACGAACAGAUACGCCACAGGUUCUGCUAGGAUAUUUACAGUUCUUCUUUAACCUGUCUUUGGUCAUGGUGUUUCUUUAUCUCCUAGUGCAGUUCAUUCUCACAGUACAACGUGAUGUUGCACACCGCAUCUCAGAAUAUUCGAUGGAUAUCGUGCAAGAGAUCGGCAUGUGUGCGACACAAUACAGGAACAACCUAUGUGAGAGCAACCCUGUGCCUGCCAUGAUCCAACAAUGUGCAUCUUGGAAAACAUGCAUGGAUCGCGACCCAAACAUGGUUGGCCGUGCUCGAGUAGGUGCAGAACUCAUUGCGGAUGUCAUCAAUGGCUUUGUGGAGCCUAUUAGCUGGAAAACAUUGGCUUUUACGUUGACGUCACUAACUUUCUUGACGGUCUUCGUGAAUUCGUUGUUUUCCCUGUAUCGCUCACGUCACGAAGCUGGUCAUUCUCGGCCAAGUUAUCCAGUCGCCCCUCAGUUUCCUCAUCAUUACCUUCCUUCUGCGCCGGCACCUCGGGGUUCUGGGCAUGACGAUAUCUUCGGAGAUGCACCUCGCAGAAGGCGUGGAGAAGACGGGCAGGCGAUUAAAGUAAAAUGA